AUGUCUUACCGCGACAACGACAACUCCAGCUACGGCGGCAACAAUGACAGCUACGGCUCGUCUAACCGCCGUGACAAUGACAGCUAUGGCUCUAGCGGCAACACCGAUAGUUAUGGCUCUGGUAACAACCAGUCUUCCUAUGGCUCCUCUGGCCGCAGUGGCCGUGACAAUGACAAAAGCUAUGGCUCAUCUGGGAACGAUAGCUAUGGUUCAUCUGGCCGCAGCGGCCGUGAUAACGACAACAGCUUUGGCUCAUCUGGAAAUGACAGCUACGGCUCGUCUGGACGUACCGGGGGCAGUGACUCGUAUGGUUUCUCCGGCAAUAAGUCUUCGUCUUACGGUUCCUCUGGAAAUGACAGCUAUGGCUCUUCUGGCCGUACCGGAGGCAGUGACUCGUACGGUUCAUCUGGCAACAAGUCUUCGUCUUACGGUUCCUCUGGAAACGAUAGCUACGGCUCAUCUGGCCGCAGCGGCCGUGAUAACGACAACAGCUUUGGCUCGUCUGGAAAUGAUAGUUACGGUUCAUCUGGCCGCAGUGGUCGUGAUAACGAUGACAGCUAUGGCUCCUCUGGCCGCACUGGAGGCAGUGACUCGUACGGCUCAUCUGGCAACAAGUCUUCGUCCUACGGUUCCUCCGGAAACGACAGCUACGGCUCCGGCAACAAGUCGUCGUCCUAUGGCUCUAGCGACAACACCGACAGCUACGGCUCCAGCGGCCGUGACAACAGCAGCAGCACCGGCAGCAAGGUCGGCCAGUUCCUCGAGAAGGCCAGUGACGUCCUCGGCGGCGGCAACAAGGGCCGUUCCAACCAGGGCCGUGACGACGACUACUAA